AUGGACGACGACGUCGAGUCCGAUGCAAGGCCGGCGAGCACAAACGGCCUCUUCCUGCUGCUCUCGCUGUCCCUCUUGCCGACGAGCAAGGCGGUGAUCGCCAAGGGCGGCGGUUUGCACCACCACCACCGGUGCCGGACCUGCUGGGCGCGCGCCGACGGCCUCAACCUCCUCCUCGGCGCGCGCCCCGGCAAGGGCGCCGCAGCCAGCGACGUGCACCGGUGCCACGCCUGCGGCAUCGUGUUCCCAACGGGGCAGGCGCUCGGCGGCCACAUGCGCAGGCACAGGGCAGCGUUCGACGCCGCUGCACGGGAGGGCACCACGAAGCCGGUGCCGGUGGUCGUGUCCGCUGAGUCGUCGUCGGAGGAAGUUGAUGAUGACGCCGGCUACUUGUCUAGUAGCAACUUGAUCCACUUCAUAUGA